AAAAAAUUAGCAAAGAUCCUUUUUUGUUUAGUUUUACCUUUGACCCUUGGUGAGCACGUGACUCUGACAACAGACGACCUCUCUGUGCUAGCUAGAGGAAGCUAACCGGGGGGUGGGCUCGAUGCUAACACUUCCUCAUUGUAGUUAACAUUUCUCACUGUCAUGGACCAGACUAAACAAGAGGAGGAAUAUGGCUACGACUUAUUCCCGGAGAGGAACAGGCCGAAGUUCAAGAAGGGCUCCAUCGCGGAGAGUCUGUUCACGUUCAACCACAAGUGUCAGGUCAUGUUGCAGUUCGCGACGGAAACCAGUCCUUACGCCAAACUCCUCCUCAGUGCCAUGAAAAGCUCAGGAUGCAAAAUAUUUAAAGACCGACAUUUUUCCUGUGAAGACUGUGACGGGACCGUCAGCGGAGGCUUCGAUGCAGCUUCUUCUCAGAUAGUUUUAUGCCAGAACAACAUCCACCAGCAGUCCCACAUGAACCGAGUGGUCACACAUGAGCUCAUCCACGCCUUCGAUCACUGCCGGGCCCACGUGGACUGGUUCAACAACUUCAGACACCUCGCUUGUUCUGAGAUCCGGGCAGCUAACCUCAGUGGCGACUGCUCCUUUAGCAACGAAGUAGCCAGAUUAAACUUCGGCUUGAAGGAGCAUCAUCAGGAAUGCGUCAGAGGCCGCGCCCUCCGCUCCAUCCUGGCUGUGAGGAAAAUUAGCCGAGAGGAGGCGGAGAAAAUAGUGGACGAGGUCUUCGACACGUGUUUCAACGACCAUGCGCCCUUUGGACGAAUCCCGCACAGCAACAAGGACGCCAAGUUUGCCAACAGAGAUUACGAGAGCAGAGAUCGAUACUACGCGAACCUAUAGUGCCGUAACUUUUUCUCAUUUCAUUCCUGAGGCUGCUGGGACUGGCGGCGAUGCUGACAAGAGCUCGGCAGCGUCCGGGCCUCGGUCAGCGCGAACGCCUCCACAGAUUGACUUUGUUUUGAAAACGAUCAUAUCCUUUCAAAAAAGGAUUUUCAGAGAAUGAUUCGUCCUUGGAAAAUUAAAGCAAAAGGAAGGAGCUUCGGUACACUUCAUUUUCUAGCCUACGGACGCUAACUCUGUAAAAAGGGAUUGCAAGGACUGAUUUUGCUCUGCAAGUCAAGUAUUCAUUGAGGCACCAGUGGGUUUUUUUGUCAUUUGAUUUAAGGUGAUAAUUCGGUGCUACGGUUUUCCUUUUCGUCCAUCGAUGUUUGCUGUGAAAUCCUUCGAUGACAAGAAAGGAUGUACAGUGUUUCUCUUGUUGCCGCAAACUUCCACUAACUUCUUGUUAAUAGAGCAGGUAAUGCAUAAAUUAAACAGAAUUAAAUGUAUUAGAAUUAAAGUUUGAUUCCACUGAAAAA